AUGCCGCUCUGUCUCACCUUCAUCGACUUAAAGAAGGCCUUCGACUCAGUUGAGACGGAAGCGGUCGUGGAAGCCUUGGACAACCAAAGCGUCCCUACUCAGUACAUAAAGGUACUUCGAGGGUUGUACAGUAACUUCACGACCGGAAUUUCGCCAUUCUACAAGAACAUCAUCAUUGACGUGAAGAGGGGGGUUCGACAGGGUGACACAAUCUCACCCAAAAUAUUCACAGCCACCCUCGAGAACGCAAUGCGAAAGUUGGAAUGGGACGACAUGGGAGUGAAGGUUGAUGGUCGGCAGCUACACCAUUUGCGCUUUGCUGAUGAGAUCGUACUGAUAACACCUAGCAUCAGCCAAGCGGAACGAAUGCUGAUCGAAUUCGACGAAACAUGUGGAUGCGUCGGUUUUCAGCUGAAUCUACAAAAGACGAUGUUUAUGCGGAACGGAUGGGUCUCGGAUGCCCCAUUCACGCUCAACGGAACGAAUAUAUCCGAAUGCACCAGCUACGUUUAUCUGGGUCGGGAACUGAACAUGAUGAACGACCUGACCCCCGAGCUGGGCAGGAGGAGACGAGCGGCUCGGGGAGCGUACAAGAGCAUCGCGGAUGUAGUGAAGAAGACCAGGAACACCCGGCUCCGUGCUCACCUCUUUAACACCACCGUACUUCCUGCUUUGACCUAUGCUUCGGAAACCUGGGCAUUUCUCAAGCAGGAAGAAAACGCGGUGAGCGUCAUUGAACGCGCAAUUGAGGGAGUGAUGCCAGGAGUAUCCCGUUUCACGCAAGUGAGGGACGGGAUUCGAAGUCCUCUCCUACGUCAGCGAUCGAAGAUUAGAGACGCCGCCGCGUUUGCCAAGGAAAGUAAAAUAAGGUGGGCCGGACACGUGAUGCGCUUUAACGACAACCGUUGGACCAGGGCCGUGAGCGACUGGGUUCCCCGCGAUAUUAAGCGCACUACAGGAAGACCGCCGACCCGAUGGUCAGAUUUCUUCACGAAGUCCUUUAAAGAAAAGUAUGAUGUUCUUCGUGUCCCACGCGAAAGGAGGAACCACUGGGCUACUCUGGCACCGGGACAAAUGGAAGAAUUACUGGCGCCCGCUCGACCAGUUCGAAGAUCAACGGGAGUCAAGGUGAUCAAGGUGAUGGGCAGAGCUUCAAAAUUCCAGAAUAAUAUGUUGGUACAGUUGGGCAUUCACAUAGGCGAUGAGGGAUAUUGUCGCGAAGGAUUGUGCAAAAAUGGUGGAGCCUGCGUUGACAAAUAUGACGGAUACAGUUGUGACUGCAAUCAUACACCAUUUGGUGGCAGUGACUGUAGUAAAGAGUACAGCAUGUUCGUUCCAAGCGGUUCUUCCCUACAGAUUCCAUGGCAAAAUCCAGCUCAUACCAAUAACUGCCAUCGUAUUUCCAUUCAAACAACAGCUACAAAUGUUUCGCUUGUCAAGUCAAAGGCAUUAUUUGCUGAUUCUACCUUCAAUAUGUCUGUGAAUUAUGCAGGAUAUCUCACUCUUUCUAUUUACGAUGGCUUCUUUUUCACUCACAAAAACACGGAAAAACGGUGGAAUCUCAGCGACAACAUCAUGCAUGACAUUGGAUUUUGCGCUUCUGACACAAGCUUUAAUCUAACCGUCGAUGGUGAACCCUCCAUACAUUUCGAAGGGAACUGGACGUUCUUCCAAAACUUCAAUGUGUGGACAUUUCUGGAUAAAAAUUACACUGGCUGCGUUUCACGACUACAAGUCGGCUCAUCAUUUCCGCUGAAGAAUCCCAAGGCUGCCAGAUUGAAACAUUCAGGAAAGAUACGCUUCGGCAGCUGUUCCAUGGAUAUAAUUGAUAUUCGCCAACCAGCUGCACGAAUACCGGAUGAUGAAGGGAUUCACAUUCAUGCUAUUGCUCAUGCCAAGCAUCACAUAAUUUCUGUUACUUCAAUUGCUGGUCUUGCAAUCGCCGGUUUCCUAGCGCUUCUACUUUCGAUACUCGUCUGUUAUAUGCGUUCCCGUCCUGAAGGCGUCUACAAGACGAACGAAGGCGAAUGCAGUCCAUCUCGAAUGACGUCAUCUUGUGAGGACAUUGACCUCAGCGUUCCUAAGGAAACCCUUCUGUGA